AUGGCACGCCCGCCAUUAUUCCCCGAUCAGUCCGCAGCUGGGAUAGCUGUCGAUCCACGCACCCUUGAACGUGUUAUACCAGAAUCAAAGAGAUCAGAUGGAACUGUGCGGAAGCAGCUUAAGAUUAGGCCGGGAUUCACACCCCAGGAAGAUGUUUCUCGAUUCCGUGGAUCACGCCAGCAGGCGAUGGAUGCCACAGCCCUUCCAAAGGGCCACAUACUAGGCUGG